AGGAGCUCGAUUACAAAUAAUGUUUCAGAGAUCACUGCUGUGUGUGACUGGGCAGGAUACUUUUUCUUAUGUGAUACAAAGAAAGACAUUAACUACAAUGCCAUGUCUCGAACUCAAGUUUCCUUCAAGCCAACGUCUGGUGUAGGAUGCCUAGAUGGGAACUUUACCCUUAACGCUAAUGAUCACGGAAAUUUCACAUGCAUUGAAAAAUCAGCGAAAAGUAGAUCAAAAUCAACUGAUAAUACCAAGAAACAACGUGGGAAUAAAGGUGAUACUGUGAAAGGCCAUCAGAAAGCUCUGCAGAAAGAUUCUCCAGGGAAAAAUGUAAAUUUCCUCGAUUUUGCAAUUGUCAUACCUGUUAUCGAGAUAGCCAUUGGUCUUCUUGUCGUCAUCGUCUGGAGUAUUCGGCAUGCUGCGCUUCUUUGAUUUUACCAGGAAUAAACUAUUGGAUGGUUGGGUGAUAAAUUUAGUAUGAGUAACAAAACUUUUACUAUUAGUGUGAUGGAGGAUGCAUUUACUUAUUUUAUGCUUGCUUGGCUGGAGGACAAUUAGAACAAUUCAAAUUAUUUGGUAACGAACGAUUCCAUGACGGAAUAUUAAAAAAUAUCGAUGAAUUAUAAAAUGGUUAAUAUUUAAUUAAUUAUUGACUUAAUCAGGAUUUAUGAUUGAUCUGAUGAUAGAUUUGCUAACUUAAUGAGAAAUUAUUUAAAUUUUUAUUAGUUUUUAAAUUGUAAAGGGUUUAUUUAGAAUUGAUUGUAUUAGCUAGUUAGAUUGAUGAUUGUAUUUUACAAUGAUUAUAUAACUAGUUAGAUAAUUUAAAGAUUGAUU